GGACAGUGACGUGUUUCCGGUUCACUCAGCUAAAAGCAGCUCUCUGACAACAAGGAAAGACUCAGUGAUCGAUAUCUCGUUGUAAUCAUGGAUCAAUCAGGAAUAGAAACACCAAAGAGCCCGUGGGGUUCGGUAGCUCCGGCGGCUCCGGCCUGUUCUCUGACUGAUGUGAUGAGCGAGCAGCUGGCCAAACAGCUGGAUGAGGAGAGCAACGCCUUCCCUGCACUCACUGAUCCCGGAGCAGAUCUGUUGCUGUCAGAUGACGUCUCUGAAACGACCAGCGACCUGAUGCUCGCCCAGAUGCUGCAGAUGCAGUUCGACCGCGAGUUCGACGACCAGCUCCGCCGGGAGGAGAAGAAGUUCAACGGAGACAGCAAAGUGUCCAUCUCCUUUGAGAACUACCGUAUGGUCCAUCCGUACGAAGACAGCGACAGCUCAGAGGACGAGGUCGACUGGCAGGACACAAGACACGACCCCUACAGAGCUGAAAAGCCCCAGACUACACCCAGGAGAGGCUUCACUGGGAAAGGCAAGAACAUCACCACCAAACACGACGAGGUGACCUGCGGACGCAAGAACACCGCUCGCAUGGACAACUUUGCUCCAGAGGUCCAUGUCGGGGACGGGUUGGGGAUGGACCUGAAGUUGUCCAACCAGGUGUUCAACUCCCUGAAGCAGCACUGCUACAGCGAGCAGAAACGCAGCGCCAGACUGCACGAGAAGAAGGAGCACUCCACUGCUGAACAAGCGGUGGACCCUCGCACGCGUCUGCUGAUGUACAAGAUGGUGAACGCCGGCGUGCUGGAGAACAUUAACGGCUGCAUCAGCACAGGAAAAGAGUCGGUCGUCUUCCACGCUGAUGGAGGGAGCCUGGAGGAGCAGCCCGUUCCAGAUGAAGUGGUGCUGAAGGUCUACAAGACGACGCUCAACGAGUUCAAGAACAGAGACCGUUACAUCAAAGACGACUACCGCUUCAUCGACCGCUUCAGCAAACUGAACCCACGCAAGAUCAUCCGUCUGUGGGCCGAGAAGGAGAUGCACAACCUGACCAGGAUGAAGAAGGCAGAGAUUCCCUGUCCGGAGGUGGUGCUGCUGAAGAAACACAUCCUGGUGAUGUCGUUCAUCGGUAAAGACCACAUUCCUGCUCCCAAACUCAAAGACGUCAAGCUGAGCUCAGAGGACAUGAAGAACGCCUUCUACCAGGUCCUACAUGUGAUGCAGCAGCUGUAUCAGGAGUGUAAUCUGGUUCACGCUGAUCUCAGUGAAUACAACAUUCUGUGGCACGAAGGAAAGGUGUGGCUGAUUGAUGUCAGUCAGUCCAUCGAGCCCACCCAUCCUCACGCCUUGGAGUUCCUCUUCAGGGACUGCAGGAACGUUUCCACGUUCUUCCAGAAGAGAGGAGUGAGCGAGGCGUUGAGCGUGUACGAGCUUUUCAACGCCGUGAGCGGACUGAACAUCCCUGUUGGUGAAGAGGACGAGGCCGAGUUCAUCGCCGAGAUUGUGGCGCUGGAGAAGAGGAACGAGGAUCACGUUCAGCGGCGAGGAAAGAAAACCUUCUCUGUGGCCUCCGAAGACGGCGAUUUUCCUUUAGAACCCGACGCCGAUGACUAACGACCGCCCCGCUCGCUCUCUCUUCACGAUCCCGCCGUGAUGAAAACGCUGUAAAAGAGGAGAUGAAUGGAGGAGGCGACGCCUCCUGGAGGACCCGGUGCUCCCCCCCACCCCCUCCAACCACCCACCAACUGCUUCCUUUAAACAGGCAGGACGGAGCGCCUCCUCCUGGCUGCGGGGGGGACGAGUUUCACCGUGUUGGAUGUUGAAGUCAGAGCGUCCUGAGAGGCACCAGCAGGGUUUUCUGAAGCUGAGACCACAUCUCAUUUCCUCCUGCUAAUAUCGGCCCAAUAUAAUAUAACCAAUAUAAACAACUAUGAGGGUUAUUUUAAAUUCUGAGGUUGUGAAGAUGCCACUUAUGUCGGGAUGAAUUUGGGGAAAUGAUGCAGAAGACAACAGAGGCUUUUUUUAAUUUAAUUUAAGCAUAUUGGGUUUGAAUAUUUCAUCUUGUAACUUCAGCGAGAAACAAAGAAAAAGAGCACCAAUACAGGAAAAAAUGCCUAAAUAUGUAGUAUAAAUAUUAUAUAAAUAUACAGUAUAAAAUAAGCAUUAUUAAAUCAGCAAAUAUAUAAUCAAAGAGUAACAGAUGCCAACUUUAAGUUUGAAUACUAAGAUGUUACAAAAAUUUCAGUCGUUUUCCAAUAAUAAUAAUAUUAAUAAUAAACUUUAUUUAUACAACACUUAAAGUUACAAAUCAGGAUUAAAACAUUUCAAGACUGCAAUAAAUCCAACACUUAAAAUAAUACAAUUAAAUCAAAUAACAAUACGAUAAAUAAUAUUUUAUUCUAUUAUAUGUGCACAUACAUUCGACUGCAUAAAAUCCAGAUAAUGAAAUAAUGAGAAAUGUGUCAGGAGAACCUCAACUUAAAGAGAAAAAAACAAACAAUAAUUUAAAAAGGAAAAAUAUUUAAAAAGAAAACAUAAUUUAGAAAAAUACAAAGUACACAAAAUGAGCAGAAAAAAACUAACCAAUCAGUAGACGACAAACAAAUACAUGAAAAACAAUACGGAGAAGAGAAGAAUAGAAAAAAUAUACACACACGUCAAGAAAUAAGACGGCAUGAAUUAAAUGACAAUUUCACUUUUUAAUUUGUCUAAGGAUAAUAAUAAUAAUUAACAAUAAAAAAGAUAUAGACAUGUUGGAAAUGGAACUUGGUGCUAAUAUUAAUAAAAAGCUUUAAAAAAAAAAAAAUAGAUUUAAGGUUCACUACCCAGCCAACGAUCAUCCUGUCUCAACGUAUAUUUUUAUUCACAUUUUUAAUAAUUCUCAUCUUUUCUUUCAUAAUAAUAAUAAUAAUAAUAACAAACAAAUCAAAGUCAUCAAAACAAAGUUACAAACCUGGAUUAAAACAUUUCAAGACUGCAAUAAAUCAGAAAAUUAAAAUAAUACAAAAAUAAAAUGGAAUACCCAACAAUAAUGAGAUUAAAAUAAAUAAAUAAAAUAGGUAUGACAUGUUGGAAAUAAAACGAUGUGCUAGCAUUAAUAAAAAGCUUUUUUAAAAAUAGAUUUAAGAUUCACUACCCAGCCCCAACGAUCAUUCUGUCUCAACGUCUAUUAACAUUUUCAUUAAUUCUCAUCUUUUUCUCAUUUAUCGCUGAAAAGUAGAAGAUGUACCCGAGGAAAAAAAAAAAGUUGGAAAAGCCUCAGUUUAUUUUUUUUCUUUUUGUUUGUUGCUCUGUCUCAUGUUAAGGGUCAAACAUGGAGGGGGGUCAAAGGUCACAGCAGUUUGGUGUGUGUGGAGUGGGCUUAUUAAAUGUUGUGGCAACGCUUUGAAACUGAAACGCAAAAAGAAACAGAAGUCAUCUCAGCGUGGUGUCGUUAAAAGAUGAUGUUUGCAGUGAUGAAGAUGAAACAAGUAGCUCUUAGAUUGUGUAACUUUAAUCAGAACAUUAAAUGUGGUGUGUUUUUUUAAAGGAUGAAUAAUAAAGAAGGUUUCUGUCAGUGCAGACUCCUCACAUGAUGCUAUGGUGGAUUUAUUCUAAUGAAUGCCUCAUUGUGGUGCUCGCUGUGGAACCAGUGGUGACAUUAAAAGAUGAAGAUGA